CCCCGCUCAAAUUGUCUCACGUUCUUUAUCGCGUCUAUCCCUUCAAACUUAAACAAACACAUUACAAUAUUAUAUAUAAAAACAAAAAAAAGAAACCCUAAUUCUUUCUUCUUUUUCUUUUUUCUUUUUUUCUCAUGGAGAAUCAAAACUCCAAGAAGCGGGAUCGGGACGACUCGGCCGAGUCCGAAACCGGUUCGCCCGAGGUGAAGCGGCUCAGAGACGACCUUCUAGGUUUCUUCGACGAUUCCGAUCCUGAACCACCCACUCAGGAUCUCGAUUCGUUGAUGAGAAGCUUUGAGGAAGAAAUCGCUACCGCAUCUUCUUCUCCGGUGCCGGUUGUGGAUUUGACGGCGGAUUCCGCUGAUUCUCAACCGGAGUUAGGUUACCUCUUGGAAGCCUCUGACGACGAGCUCGGUCUCCCGCCUUCCAAUAGCCAACAGGAUUUUGCUCGAAUAUCGACUGAUUCGUCUGACAUCGGUGAGAUGUGGAGGUUUGUGGAUCAGAUCCCGAACUACGACGCUUUCGAACUGGAAGGCGGAGAUGUAUACAGCGGCAGUGAUACGGCGGAGUAUGUGGCGUUUGAUGGGCUGUUGGAGUAUUCGAAUCUGUGCUUUGACGCGUCGGAUAACUCUGAUUUUCUUUGGCGGCAAGAAUCUCUGCCGGCGCAGUAGGUAGAAACGUCGAUCUGUAAAUGUUUUUGGUUUAGAUUUGUUGGAGGGUAGGACUAGGUUGAUACAGAUGGUGCUGAUGAAUAUAGGAAUUGGUUCGUUUUUUCUUUCUUUCAACUUCGAAUACACAUGAUUUAAUACAGUGGAAUUCUAAUUUUUCUUUUCAGUUCUUGUU